AGCAUCAUGGGUGGAAGAAAAGUGAAGCUUGCAUUCAUAGCCAAGGACACAGCAAGGAAAGCAGCCUACAAGAAGAGGAUAAAAGGUUUCAUGAAGAAGCUCAAUGAACUCACAACCCUAUGUGGAGUUAGGGCUUGUGCUAUCGUGUUCAAGCCCGAUGAACGCGAACCACAAAUUUGGCCAUCCUUUCAAGGAGUCCAAAAUGUGUUGAUUCGAUUCAUGCAUAUUCCUGACUUCGAACGGGACCGAAAGAUGAUGAAUCAAGAGACUUACCUCAAGGAAAGGGUCCUAAAGGUCAAAGAGAAGUUGAAGAAGAAAACGAAAGAUAAUAGGAAGACCGAGAUGACCGUUCAUAUGUAUAACAUUCUUGAGACCGGAAUUUUUCCAGAGAAUUUCAACACUGUUGAUCAAAAUGAUCUAACGUAUGUAAUUGACGAGAAAAUAAAGGAAAUUCAAAUGAAGAUGGUGGAAUUAGACAAUGUUCAAGCGGCCGUUCAGAGGCUUUGAUUGGUAACAUUCCAUAAAUUGUUUUGUAUGUUUUUGAUAUUGUUAGGUGGGAAUGAGACAUGGGAUUUGGUGAUGUUAAUCUCCA